AUGUCUGAUUACCUGCACGAGCGGCCGCACAGGCCUCUGGUGGCCCGACGCUCGCGCUGGUGCCUGGACCCCCCCAUCGAGGCCCUCAAGGCCCUCGAGGCUCGAGCGUCCGAAGACCUCUCGCCCCUCGACGCCCUCGAGAGAGCCGGCAGGCCCAGCAGCCUGGCGCUGACCUCCAAGCUGCCCGACGCCAGCGUGCUGCUCUGCGACCUGGGGCUCGCCGACGCCCUCGACCCGGACGGCUCCUCCAUCUGCUGGAACGCGAACCCGUACACGGCCCCAGAGCUCCUGCCCGAGGACGGCGCAGGCGCAGGCCACGCCGGGCCCGCGGCCGACCUCUGGAGCCUGGGCGCCGUGGCCCACGCGCUGCUGGUGGGCCACGCGCCCUGCCAGGAGGCGCCCUCGUGGCGCGGGCGGGGCAGCCACAUCGAGCCGAGGCGCGAGGGCAGCAGCUGGGUCGAGCGUUCGGCGCUGAGCUAUGAUUUCGUGAGGGGGUUGCUGAAGGAGGCCGACUGCCGGCCCACCGCGGCCGCGGCGCUGCAGCACCCCUGGCUGAGGGGGUUCUCCGACGUGCAGAGCGUUCGGAGCGGCGUCGGCGGUGAGGCUCUGGUUGAAAACUAUCUCCACGAUGGAGUGUCCUGCCUGGUGAGCAAGGAAGGGUCGGCGAUGAUGGCGCUCCCAUUCUCGAGCGGCAGUCUGACGUAUUCGAGCCUGCGCUCGGGGGCCCAAGGCGAUCCUGACAUCGAUGUCCUGGGGUACGGGGUUCUCCAUGGGCUCUUCGGCAACCUACCAGAUCCCAGCGAGUCUUUCGGCUUCGGCUUCAAGCAGUUUUCAAGGGCGCCCAGACCAUUUACCUUCGAGGUUGAGGCUCUUUUCGAGAUCUUCGAAAAUGAAGAAGUAGGUGGGAUCUUGGAUGUUCUGCGUUUGCUGCUUGCUGAGAGGCUGGGUGGCAUCGGCGAGCAGGUGUUCGGCGUAGCAAGCUGCUUGUUCACUCUGAGCUCGAGGACCGUGCUCGAGCUGGGGUCCGAUCGGUUCCUGUACGGGUAG